AUGGCUGAACCUGACUACGGUGCCGCUUCCUGGGCUCAUGUGACGACUGGUUCCGGACAUCAGGGUGCAGAGUUGGCUGCCCCACUUCUCUCUGCCCAUGCUCCAUUUCAACAACAACUCCCGCCUCUAUACGGAGGCGUAUACUUGCCCAUGAGCGACCAUCAGACACCCCAAACCCGCAAUAUAUCAGAUGGAUCAGCCAGCAAUCCGCUCCAUGACCGCUCUCCGUAUCCACCUGCUGGAAUCCGCUACCCAUAUUACCAGCCGCACAUGUUCCCGUAUCAAUUUGGUCAUCCACGACCGCCACCAUCUUUCUGGAACGGAGUCGACCAUGUGCAUCCCGAUCAGUUGUUUUCUAACCCUAGUAACACAAUGCAAGGCCAUUUACCUGGCCAAACGAUAGGAACACCACACCAAAAUAGCCCAUUAGCACCGGCUCUGAACGCAGGAAUUCCGCCAUUUAUUCGACGCCGCAAUGAACACAGAAUGGCAGUCGAGACAAUGUCACGGAAUCCCCAUGCGGGGGGCAUGCGAACCCCUCACCAAGGUCAUCGGGAUUCAGCGCAUCCGGAAGUGCGGCUGCAGAGCACUAGAUCACAGCCCCACGAACACCGUCAGCCGAAUGAUCCAAUGUCUCCUGGAUCAGGGCACCGCCCAUGGGCAUCGCCUGGAGGCCAUAGUCGCCGUUCAGACCGUAGCAUCUCUCCGCGAACAUCGAAUCGCCGCAGUUUUGAGAGGUAUUCGGUUGACCUCUCACCUUCGAGCACGUCAUCUGACGCAGAAGAGGCGGCUGCCAGAGCGCCACCCCCGAAUCGCUUGAGGACCCGAACAAGAGACGUGCGUCCACGAUUCACGGGCUACCGCCCACAUAUUGAUCCCAACAUUGCCACCCCAAGGCAGAUCCAGGAACUCAAAGACGGUCUUCCGCGGCGUCUGCCAAGCGAGCUUCCCGACGAUGCAUCCAAGUGUUGUGACAUUUGCCAAAAGGAUUAUUCGGUCUCACAUGUUUUGCCUUCAGAAGAAGAGGAAAUCGCGGUAGUCUUGUCCUGUGGACACACAUUCGGAGAAUUCUGCAUUUUUCAAUGGCUUGAUACGUGCAAAACCCACAAAAACAAAGUAACCUGCCCAAUGUGUCGGAAGCAGCUGAUCGAGGCACCACGAUAUCUUCAAAGCAUGAUGCACGCCUUUCCUCGCAAUGGGCAAGCAUUUGUUGACCUCUUGGCUCGCGAGCAGCUUCUUGCUAAUGGAAUACCACGUGAGUUCCACAACUUGUAA